AUGUCUUAACUCACACUCACUCACACCAAACACUCUCACUCUUUCUCCACCUUUCUUGCUUUCUUCUCCUUCCUCCAUUUCCUAUCUUCAUUCCUACCAAUGACUGACAUCACUGAUGAUAUUGCUGAGGAAAUCUCCUUCCAGAGCUUCGAUGAUGACUGCAGGUUGCUUGGUAAUCUCCUCAAUGACAUUCUCCAGCGUGAAGUUGGCACCAACUUGCUUGACAAGAUCGAAAGGACUCGAGUCCUUGCUCAGAGUGGUUGUAAUAUGAGGCAGGCGGGUAUUGUAAACAUGGCAGAGAUGCUUGAGAAGCAGUUGGCUUCGGAGUUAUCAAAGAUGACACUAGAAGAAGCUUUCACCCUUGCUCGUGCCUUCAGCCAUUAUCUUACUUUGAUGGGUAUAGCUGAGACCCACCAUAGGGUUCGUAAAGGAGGGAAUAUGGCACAAAUUGCAAAAUCUUGCGAUGAUAUAUUUAACCAGCUGGUGCAGGGUGGAGUCCCCCCAGAAGAACUUUAUGACACAGUCUGCAAGCAGGAGGUUGAAAUUGUUCUCACUGCUCAUCCCACACAGAUUAACCGUCGAACCUUACAGUUUAAACACAUUAGAAUUGCUCAUCUUUUGGAUUACAAUGAUCGACCUGAUCUUAGCACUGAAGAUCGAGAAAUGGUGAUUGAAGAUCUGGUGAGAGAGAUAACUUCAAUAUGGCAGACAGAUGAGCUUAGGCGCCAGAAACCCACUCCAGUUGAUGAAGCUAGAGCUGGUUUCAAUAUUGUGGAGCAGUCACUCUGGAAAGCUGUCCCUCAUUAUUUACGUCGUGUCAGCAAUGCAUUAAAGAAGCAUACAGGAAAGCCACUUCCUUUGACUUGCACUCCCAUAAAGUUUGGAUCUUGGAUGGGAGGUGAUAGAGAUGGAAACCCAAAUGUGACAGCAAAGGUCACAAAAGAUGUUUCACUUCUAUCUAGAUGGAUGGCGAUUGACCUCUAUAUUCGGGAAGUGGAUAGCCUCAGAUUUGAGCUAUCCAUGAACCAGUGCAGUGAUAGGUUGUCAAGAUUGGCACAUGAAAUUCUAGAAGCUAAGCAUGAGAAUCGCCGUGAGAAUUGGAAUCAGUCUGCGAAUAGAAGUCUCACACUUCCAACACAACUUCCAGCUAGAGCUCAUUUACCUUCUAUUGCUGAAAAUGGUGAAUCUCGGCAUCCCAGACUAGACAUUCCAGCACCUGAUUACAUGCAAUCCAAUCACAAGGAUGGUGGGGUUUCUGUAAGUUCAACUACAUCAAAACUUGCCAAUCCCAAUACUCGAUUACCAGGAACAAGUUCAGCAAAUUCCAGUGCUUCUUCAGCUGCACUUGGUCAAAAGAAAUUGUAUGCAGAAUCCCAGACAGGAAAGUCCACUUUUCAAAAGCUUUUGGAGCCAAUGCUUCCUCAACUUCCUGGAAUUGCUCCUUAUAGAAUUGUCCUGGGGAAUGUUAAGGAUAAGCUUGAGAAAAGUCGUAGACGGUUAGAAAUUCUUCUUGAGGAUGUUGCAUGUGACUAUGAUCCUUUGGAUUACUAUGAAACAUCUGAUCAGCUUUUGGAACCUCUGCUCCUCUGUUAUGAAUCUCUGCAAUCGUGUGGAUCUGGGGUGCUAGCUGAUGGUCGACUUGCUGAUCUGAUUCGUAGAGUUGCUACCUUUGGAAUGGUGUUAAUGAAGCUUGACUUGCGUCAGGAAUCUGGGAGACAUGCAGAAGCACUUGAUGCAAUAACACAGUACUUAGAUAUGGGUACUUACAGUGAAUGGGAUGAAGAAAAGAAGUUGGACUUCUUAACAAGAGAACUUAAAGGGAAGAGGCCUCUUGUUCCUGUUAGUAUAGAGGUUCAUCCUGAUGUUAAAGAAGUCUUGGAUACAUUCCGAAUUGCCGCUGAACUGGGGAGUGAUUCACUUGGAGCUUAUGUGAUCUCUAUGGCCUCAAAUGCAAGUGAUGUCCUUGCAGUAGAGCUUUUACAGAAGGAUGCACGGCUUGCUGCUAUUGGGGAGUUGGGAAAAGCAUGUCCUGGUGGAACGUUGCGGGUUGUCCCUCUGUUUGAAACUGUGAAAGACCUGAGAGGAGCUGGUUCAGUUAUCCGGAAACUUUUAUCAAUAGACUGGUACCAUGAACACAUCAUUAAGAACCAUAAUGGACAUCAAGAGGUUAUGGUUGGAUAUUCUGAUUCUGGUAAAGAUGCUGGUCGCUUUACUGCUGCUUGGGAACUUUACAAAGCUCAGGAGGAUGUUGUAGCUGCUUGCAAUGAUUAUGGAAUAAAGGUUACUCUAUUCCAUGGUCGUGGAGGCAGUAUUGGUCGUGGUGGUGGCCCAACAUAUCUGGCUAUUCAGUCCCAACCCCCUGGCUCUGUGAUGGGAACGCUUCGGUCUACUGAGCAGGGAGAGAUGGUAGAGGCUAAGUUUGGGUUGCCACAGAUAGCUGUUAGACAACUUGAGAUAUACACAACAGCUGUACUACUUGCAACCCUUCGUCCACCUAUCCCACCCCGAGAAGAAAAAUGGCGUAAUGUCAUGGAAGAGAUCUCAAACAUCAGUUGUCAGUGUUACCGCAAUGUAGUGUAUGAAAAUCCAGAAUUCCUGGCCUACUUCCAUGAAGCCACACCAGAGGCAGAACUUGGCUUCCUUAACAUAGGUAGCCGCCCUACAAGAAGGAAGAGCUCAGUAGGAAUCGGACACCUUCGUGCAAUUCCCUGGUUAUUUGCAUGGACACAAACAAGAUUCGUUCUUCCAGCUUGGCUUGGAGUCGGAGCAGGUUUAAAAGGAGCUUGCGAGAAAGGUUACACCGAAGAGCUAAAAGCCAUGUACAAAGAAUGGCCCUUCUUUCAAAGUACCAUAGAUCUUAUUGAGAUGGUUUUGGGGAAAGCUGACAUUCCUAUAGCCAAGCACUAUGAUGAAGUCCUUGUGUCAAAGGAGAGGCAAGAGCUUGGCCAUGAACUAAGAAGUGAGCUCAUGACAGCUGAAAAGUUUGUCAUGGUUAUUAGUGGGCACGAGAAACUUCAGCAGAAUAAUAGGAGCUUGAGGAGGCUAAUUGAGAAUAGACUUCCCUUCCUUAAUCCCUUGAACAUGUUGCAGGUGGAGAUACUCAAGAGGUUAAGACGUGAUGAUGACAACCGUAAGAUCAGAGAUGCUUUGCUUAUCACCAUAAAUGGGAUUGCUGCAGGGAUGAAGAAUACAGGUUGACCUUGCUUCUCAAGGACUAUAUUGUACAAGCCUUCCACAAUUCACAUAUGUUCACCCUUGUUUUAUAAUAGGUUUGCUAAGGAAAGAUUAUCAUAGCCAUAAUGGUGAAUGGUUUGUUCUGUACUCAGAUAUACUGUUAUAUAAGAAUGUGAUGCAAAAUAAUUAAGUUUUUCCAGCAUUUUGGUUCCUA